AAGAAGCCACUAGUUGGAGGCAAAGAGUAAGAAAUGGACAGGGCUACGAUAGCACUGGGGCGGUGCUCUUCAUCCACACACUUCCUGAAAAUGGGCUCGGAAGAGAGUUUGGACACGAAAGGAGCUUUGGUAUCUUUACCAAAACACUCAUACUGGUUUGACUUUUGGCUGUUUGUGAUGUUUGACAUCGCAUUUUUCCUCGUUAUGUAUUUCAUAGUUCCCUAGCUAAAAUGGAGUGACUUGGAAUUCUACACUUGAAAUGCUGCCCCCUUUAACCAUGACCCCCUGUUGGCUGAAAUGAUCGAUCUUUAAAAAGGAGUGUUUACACCACUGAGGUAUAAGGUUUACACGCCUCGACCAGAUUGGUGUUCAAAUUAUAUUGGAUGAAUUCCUUUGUUAGGCCUAUGUUUUGUUUUUAACUGCCCACAUUUUGGCAUUAUGUGGAAUAUUUGUCAGUAUGUCCAGAAAAUAGCAAAAUUGUGAGACCAUAACAUUUGAAGAUACCUGUUGUUGAAAUCAAGACAAUGAUUUGUGGCAGUCUGACUAUUUAAAAUGUGAAACUCAACUUCAAGACAACACCUCAUUCUGGAUAAAAGUGACUGCUAAAUGACUGCAACGUCACAAGAACUGCAGGUUAACAUGAUGUAGCUAGUGGAAUAAAGUGUGCUCUCUCUAAAAUGUGUAUUUCUGAUUUGGAUAUGAGACAAAUGAGAGAAGGCGACUUGAUUGAGCCACCUAAACAUGAUGAUUGGAACAAGAUUACAGCAAUAAGUGGGAAGAGAUGUAUUCCCGGUCUCUUGAACAAAGAUCCUACUGAAACUGCAUUGGCAUAAACCAGAGAUCUUUGCACAGUAAAUAAAGACAGCUGGAAGUUUACACCAGAGUCGUGCCAAUGAAUGGUCGAUAUCUUCCUCCCGUUAUCCUCUUUGCGCCUGUUGAUACCACCUCUGAGGCUACUCUCUGCGGCCAUGUGGCAAGUAGCGCAACGAAGAGAUGUCAUGGAUUAUGAGAAACUAGAGGAGUUCGUCGGCCUUGUGACAGCGACAGUUCCAGACCUGUUGAAUGAGAAACAGAGAGCCAAGCUUCUUCUGCGGCUGCGAACAAGGGUGAUACUAGAGUUGUGUUCUGCUGAUCAUACAGCUGAUAUCCAGAUCAUCCAACCCCACCUGGACAGAAUUCGCCCCCCUGGACACACAGGGAGUGGAGAUGCUGAGGUGGAUGCAGAAGAGGCCAUCUUCCUGGAGCUCAUCCAGACUUUGCUGAAAGACCAAGCGGAGAGAGAACACUUCUUCCAGGAGGUGUUUCCGACAGAGUACGGCGCCAGCUAUGACACAGAUAUGCAACUACUUGUGUGGGAAUUCCUUUCUAAACUGGAGAAGAUACUGCCAGUACCAGACCUUGGACAGACUGUGUCAUGGCUCAGUUCUGCUCCCUCUGUCCUGGAGGAGUGUUUGCAGGCCCUCUCUCAACCUGAGGACCUGAAAUCCCUGCUGCAACACCACACAUGUCUUGAAAACUUGGGCACUCAGAGUCACACCGUUGAGAUGUCUUCACAGGUCUUUGCCUGUUCCCAGUGCCCAUUCUUCCACAUGCAGGAAUCCUACCUCCUCCAGCACAUUGAGCGAAAUCACCCAGAGGAGUACAGCAAGCUCCAGAAAACUGAAGAGAACCCAGCGCUUCCCAGGAAAAAGUUACCCCGUCCUGAAUUCCCCAAGCCUUUCCCUAUCCACGUAAGCUCUGAACCCGGUGCUCACACAUGCCACGAGUGUGGAAAGACUUUCACUCGCUCGUCAGACGUGACCAGGCACCAGCGCAUUCACACAGGGGAGCGUCCGUACACCUGCAAGGAGUGCGACAAGGGUUUCAAAAACUCCUGGGAUCUGACGAGGCAUCAGCGGAUUCACACCGGGGAACGCCCAUAUAUCUGCCCUCAAUGUGGCAAGGGGUUCACCCAACUGGGCCUACUGUCCCUGCACUUCACCAGAACGCCUUGUGGCCAGAGUGCUGAUCCCCCACUACAGUCCACAGAGCAGCAGGAGGAGCCAAACGACAAAGGGAGUGGUCAGUACAAGUGUCAGAAAUGUGGGGCUAGCUUUGACACCGUACUAGAGCGGCUGAAGCAUAGGCAAACCCACGUGGUGAAUCGCCAUUACAAGUGUUCCCAGUGCGAGAAGAUCUACGGCCGCCCGUCUGACCUGAGGAGACAUCAGAUGAAGCACACCGGAGAGAGACCCUUCCCCUGCGCAGAGUGCGGCAAGGGCUUCACUCACGUGUGGCUGCUGAACAAGCACCGGCAAAUCCACACCAAGGAGCGGCCGUACCCGUGCCCGGAGUGCGGCAAGAGUUUCACCCAGUUACAGAUACUGAACAGACACCAACUGAUUCACAACGGGCAGAGGCCUUUCCAGUGCUCCUUCUGCGAGAAAAGCUUUACUCAGCUCGCGGGUCUGACAAGACAUGAGAGGAUUCAUACAGGGGAGAGGCCAUACCUCUGCACCGUCUGUCAGAAGACCUUCUUAACACAUGGGGAGCUGGUAAGACACCAACGCAGCCACAGCGACUUCAGACCGUUCUCUUGCUCUCAGUGUCCCAAGAGCUUCAAAACCAAGCGUGCACAGAGUGAACACAUGAAUACCCACACAGGGGAGCGACCGUUCUCUUGCGCACACUGUGGGAAGGAGUUUGCCAAGUCUACUUCACUCAUAAGACACAACCUGAUGCACACAGGGGAGAGACCGCAUCAGUGCGCUCAGUGUGGCAAGACCUUCCUGACCUCUGGGGAGCUGCUCCUCCACAGGCGAAUACACACAGGGGAGCGGCCAUACCCGUGCUCGGUCUGUGAACGGAGGUUUAGGUGUUCGUCAGACCUGACCAUGCAUCUGCGGACACACACAGGAGAGCGCCCAUACUCCUGUAUGUUGUGUAAAAAGUGCUUCUCCACCUCAACGCGUCUCAAAAGGCACCUGCGCACUCACAUAGGGAAAGGUGUCUAAUCAUGGCGAGAACCUAAGAAAAUAUAUUAAGAAAGUAUAUUAAUUUAUUUUCCAAAUCAUGUUUAUGGACUGCAUUACUGAAAAGUAUGAGGACAAAAUAUAUGCAUUUUACUCAAACUCAGCCUUACAACAUGCCUCUAUUAAAAAAUACAAUUAUGCCUUUAAUUCACAUUAAACAUUUUAUUUUAA